AUGUGUCAAGCCGCCCUAUACACAAACACAAAUUUUGCUGGCGAUUCGAGAGAAUGUGAGGUUUCAAGAUGUUACAUACAUGAUACCUGUGGUGGUGUAUGGAUGUAUGGUGGUGAUAGAAAAACUUUACAGUCUUCAGGAAAUGUCAUCGCAAACAAUGAAAUAACACGCUAUGCCCGUGUUGGAGCUGUAGGGAACGAAGCGAUAACACUGAUUGGUGUUGGAGUUACUGCCAAGAACAACCACAUUUAUGACGGGCAAUAUGCGGCAAUAAAUUUUGGAGGUAAUGAUAUUAUCAUUGAGAACAAUUUGGUACAUCAUGUGUGUAAGAAUGUGUCUACAUGCGGUGCAAUACAUACGGGCAGUGACUGGACGUAUCGUGGCAAUGCGAUACAAUACAAUAUAGUCCAUCACAUCUUGAAUCCGUUCCCAGGAUAUACUUCCAAAGCGGUACUACUGGACAGCCAAGCGUCGGGGACAAAUGUUAUGUAUAAUGCUUUAUAUGACAAUACAGUACAUGUUAUGAUCGGUGGUGGUCGUUACAACAACAUCGCCAAUAAUGUAAUGUACAAUGCAGGUCUCCGUAGCAUAGAGGUUGAUAGACGAGGAAUUAGUGAUCAAAUGGUCCAGCGAUUACACGCUAUGCCGUACAAGAGCUCUGUUUGGAGUUUAAGGUAUCCACAUCUAGCCGACAUUGAUAACCAUAAUGCUUCCCUUCCAGAGGGUAAUCAAAUUGUUAAGAAUGUAAUGUACGCAGCCCAGAAUACAGAAUAUAUCCACGGGAUUCCAAAUUUUCUAAGGUCGAAUUUGUCACGAUACUAUAACAUAUCGCAAACUGGAUUUUCAUCGGGAAGUGGCGACCAUUAUAAUGUAAGCAACCGUGACCUGAGGGUGAAGUGUUAUGUGAACGGCUGGGCCAACCUAGUGAAUUUUAAGCAGCCGCCAUCGCCAAACGCUGUAGGGCCUUUAUAUUCACCAACUGGACCGACAUACCUUAAGAGAGGUCGGCUACAUUUGGUUAGCACAAAGUAUCCAUCGGUCCACUGUGCACAACAUCCUGCACAAAAAGUACAUCCAGUUCCUGCAUAUUUACCAGACGGCUCUCGUGACAUGUAUCAUGUUGAAAAGAAAGGUUGUUGGGUGAAUGUCACAAAAUGCAAAAAUCAUACAGCUUCUAUCGGGACAUACAGAGACAUGUACGGUGAGAGGUAUCAUAAUGCCACAGAAAAUGUAACCAUGUGUUUCCAUCGGGCACUAGAGCAGUGGAAGCUUUGUGGCUCACACAAAGAUGAAUUUGUUGUAGCAAUAUAUGGACGGACGGGGGCGGCUACUCUGGGUGGAACAGGGUGCAUGACAGCAUUGUAUGGCUGUCCAAAUCAUGGUGGACCUGCUGACGGACACGCCAAUACAACAUAUGGAAAAUAUCAACAUGAUUAUGGAAAGUACUCGCAAGACGAAAAAGGCUGUUUAGCAAAUGCUCGAAAUAUCUGGCACUGGUGUGGAUCAAGUCCUAAUUAUCCAGUUACAAAUAUAUAUCUGCCAACAGGUGCCAAGCGUACGGCAGGAGCCGGUUGUUGGAUCACUCUAGACCACUGUCCUGCACAUACCAGAAUAAAAACAACAUUUUAUGAUGCGAUCGGAUCGACUAACUACCAAACAGAUGACAGUGAGUUUGCCUGCAUCAAUCGGGCCGAGUAUUAUUGGCAUUACUGUGGUUCAACCCCCAAAUAUCCAGUGACCGCCACAUUUCGUCCAACAACCGUCAGCAGGACCUAUCCAUGUGAUGAUGUACCCUCGUGUUUAUCAUAUUGAUGGAAACUAUCCUUAUUUCAUUUUUGUUUCUUAUUUCGGCAAAAGUAAACGAGCUGA